UGACAGUUCGACUGCGGCAUCGCGGCUGUGUUUAUCAAAGCGCGAGCAAACAAAAAAAAAGUUUGGACGAGCCAUUUCGCGGCCGAAAUCGUUAGCAAAAUUUGCAAAUAAAUUGUAUUUAACUAGCUGCUAAACACCACACAACUGCCACCAUGAAAUUAGUCAGGUUCCUGAUGAAGCUGAGCCACGAGACGGUGACGAUCGAGCUGAAGAACGGAACCCAGGUGCACGGCACCAUCACCGGCGUGGACGUGGCCAUGAACACCCACCUGAAGGCGGUCAAAAUGACCAUCAAAAACCGGGACCCGGUCCAGCUCGAUUCGCUCAGCAUCCGCGGCAACAACAUCCGCUACUACAUCCUGCCGGACAGUUUGCCCCUCGAGACGCUGCUGAUUGACGAUGCGCCCAAAACGCGCGCCAAGAAGCGGGACUCGAACCGGGGCGGGCAGCGCGGCCGGGGCAGGGGCACGCGGGGUGGCCGCGGUGGACCCAGAGGCGGACGUGGUGGCCCUCGAGGUCGUGGUCGGCGUUAAGAAGAGCCUCCAAAUGUUUCCCCUUCCCGGGGAACUCCCAUCUUGUGUGGUGUGUUGCGCGGAACGAGUGGACUCUUCGCGCGCGAUGUGUUUGAUAAUUCUACAUUUUGAACUAAGUGAAGAUUACUUUUCAACUUACCCCUUACUUAGCACGUAAGAAACAUUUUCAACCCAAUUGCUUUUGAAGUUCACAAUUGACCCCAUAGCGCCCCCUCCCCCUCAUCCAAGUGAAUUAUAUUGGAGGAUUUACAAAUAAAAGUCUAUGGUAAGAGAAAUAAGUGUAAAAAAA